GCACAGCUCAUGUAUCUUGCUGCUUUCAACAAUGAAGCACAGGCAAAGAGACUGUUGACUACCGGCUUAUGACUCUACCAGACUGGCUGUGGAAGUACAAGCGCCAUGGUGACACUGAAUCGCUUGAGUGUGGAGGACCCAGAUGAUGGCUCUCCACUGCUCCCUGAGGCUGCAGAAUCUCCAACACCAACACCUGUCUUUCACAGGCCGCGAGUGGUCACAAAGACUCACUCUAAGGAGUUUUUCCUUAGCAGGAGGCAGAACCUUUCCAUCAGUGCACUGCUGCUGAUCGGAUGCUACUCGGCUAUUCUGAUUCCUGCCUAUUUCCCCUUUGACAACGUGGCAACCCUCAAUGAUGACUACCUUUAUCCCAAAGAUCUGCUCCUACUAAAUCGGUCAGCCUCCCUGCUGUCAGAUCCUUGUCAGCCUCGCUGGUGUCUGGACCACCUCAAGCCCCUGUCCUGUUCUGAAGGCCUCCUGGACAUCCCCGUGUUUGUGCAGCAGGACAGGCCUGCAUCGUGGAAUCUGUCUCCUCCGCUGGGUCUUCAGGGCAGUGAAGAGCAUCUGGCACUGGCUCUUGCCUCUCUGCCUCAGCCUGGCCUGCCUCCAACUCUGAAGAGAGAAGGCAGCUGCAGGCGAUGCGUGGUCGUGGGCAGUGGAGGGAUUCUUCACGGGAGCUACCUUGGAGCCCAUAUAGAUCAAUAUGACAUCAUUAUCAGGCUGAAUAAUGCUCCAGUGGCCGGCUUUGAGCGAGAUGCUGGUUCACGCACCACCAUCCGCCUGAUGUACCCAGAGGGAGCUCCUCAUUCUGCAAAUGAGUACAAAAAAACCGCCAUGGUUGCUCUGGUGGUCUUUAAGAGCCUGGACCUGGACUGGCUCACUUCUGUCAUCACCAAGCAGCCUCUGAGCUUCUGGUCCAAAAUGUGGUUCUGGAGAGAGGUGGUGGAUGAUAUUCCUCUGACACCAGAGAGCUUCAAGAUCCUUAAUCCUGAGAUUAUUCACAAGAUGGGACAAGUUUUACAGAAAUAUACUAUGAAACAGGGAAAUAUGGUGCCAACGCUAGGUGCCAGUGCAGUGGUGAUGGCUUUGCAGCUGUGUGACCAGGUCAGCCUGGCAGGGUUCGGCUACGACAUGCAGCACCCAGAGGCCAGACUUCACUACUACGAGGCCAUACGCAUGGACGCCAUGAAAGCUCAAGUGGUGCACGAUGUCAGUGCUGAAAAACUGUUCUUGAGGGACCUGGUGUCUGCAGGAGCUGUGACUGACCUCACAGGAGCUCUGUGAGUCCAAGACGGAUAAUACACUGAGCUCUACAUGCACUCCCCUUUCUUCCUGUGUGGCGUCCUCCAUAAAGUGACCUGCUUGAAGAAUCCUGAUCUUUAAAAUGCUCAGUGAACACAUAAAAAUCUAAAUACUAUAAUGAUUGGAGAGACUAACUUAACUAUUUCUCAUUCCAAUUCAACUAACUUAUUAAUCCUUAUUUUUAAAAAGCCCUCCAUAGUAUAUUAUUCAACUUACAUUUUUAAUUUGUUUCCAAUAUUGUGGCCUCUCUGGUCUCUGUAAGCCUACAAUUCAGUGGCAAAUCUCAUGUCAGAAGUUUUAGAUUUUAACAGAAACUUCUAUCAAAAUUCAUGGAAAUAAUUUAUCUUUGAAAUUUUAAAAAAAUUGACAUGUGAAAUGGAGUUUUUGAUUUUGAUGAAAUACCUCGAUUUUAAGCUUACAUUAGGUGAAAUUUACAGAUGGAACCGCACUGCACAUUUGAUGUGUUACAGUUCCAUCCGAUUUUUGAAAAUGUGAUGAUUCUUUGUAUUUUUAAAGUUUCUGGCUAUGGCAAAUGAUGUAAUUUUGGUGAAAACCUGCUGAAAGUUUUUGGGGAUUCAGAGGAUUAAAUCACCAGCUGUUACAAGUGUAGUAAACGUAUAGGUGUAAUAAUUAUGUAAUUACAAAUAUGAAUGCAAUGUUUAAUGGUUCAAACAGUCAAUUCUGUUUACAAAACUCAAUAAACAAGUGAAUGUGA